AUGAAGAGAGUAUUAGCCUUACACGGCGUCGGCUCCUCCGCGGAGAUUGUUAAGGGUCAACUGGCUCCACUGACAAGAGAGCUGGGCCCCAGAUACGAAUUUGUCUACUUGAAUGGAGUGGCCGAAAUAGAAAGGGGCCCGGAAAUAGCGCCUUAUUACCAAGGGCCAUUCUAUUCAUAUACCACAGGCUACACGGCGGCUGAGAUUCGAGAAGCUCUCGACAACCUCGAUCAAUUUGUGAAAGAAAAUGGCCCCUUUCACGGAGUGUUUGGCUUCAGCCAAGGUGCCUCUAUGGCUGUCUCAUAUUUACUCGACUAUCAGGCCCGUGAGCCUGAGACACAGCUGCCCUUUGAGUUCGCGGUUUUAUUCUCUUCGGUAUCAGCCUUCUCGCCUAGUAAGACAUGCUACGAGUCCAUCGUAGAAGGUCUUCUUAACCGAGGCUUUCGGGCAAUUCAGGGGUUUCCCAAGGCAGAAUUCAAUGAGCUUACUAAAGCCGAGCGAAUCUUCGCCGAAAGCUUAGCUCUAACGUUCACAGUAGGCAACCAGAUGAGCUCAUCUACAGAAUCAAUCAACUUUUUCACACGGCGGAACCAAGAAGCUAUCCCCCGGGUUUUACAUCACUCUUUAACUCAAGACCGCAUCGAAAUCCCAACGGUCCACGUCAACGGAAAAGGAGAUCUCCCUGCAAUAAGUGCGCAGUCAAGAUUGGUCUGCGGUCUGUGCGACCAAUCCUUGGCUCGCGUAUAUCAUCAUUCAGGAGGUCACGGUGUACCUACAGAACUCUUCGACGUGAAGACUCUUGUAAAAAUGAUAGAUUUAGCUAGUCUAGAGGGAGCAGAUCGCCGUGCGCUACACCAAGGCCCGGCGUGA